AUGAGCGUAUUGAAUGACAUGUCGGUCAUUGUUUGUAAGAUCUCACCUCAGCUACAAAAUUAUGUUCCUCCACAUGAUCUGCAAACUCUGAGUCUGCUUCCUGUCGCCAAGGGUGUUUCUAUGCCUGCCACCAACAUUACGACGACGUUUAGAUCGCAAACAAAUGGAUUAAUGAGUCUAGCUAUCACGUGGGUAGAUGCAGGAUCCUCACGACUGUCGCAGACUCAGUACCAAUGUCAUAACAGACCUAUAUAUCAUAAGCUGCUCCUCGGACCACAGCGGAACCGUCAUACGCUUAAGCUUGUAAAAUAG